UAUUCAUCUUAGGAUGUACAUAUAUUGAAAGCAACUGACUCCCCAGUUUGCCCCUCUUUUUAGGGGCUUCAGGACUCUUUCUGGCAUUUCACUGAGAUUUUGGAGCAAAGCAUUGGAAUUAUAACAUCAUGGGUUCUAGGAUCAAGGAAAAUCCAGAGAAGAUAUUUGAAUGGUUCUUUGAAGCAGCCUGCCCUAAGACAUUAGACAAAGAUCCUUUGAUACUGAGCGAGUUUCCAGAUGAUUUCAGUGAUCCAGAAUCUAGCCAGAUUUUGCCCAGAUUUUGCUUCCCUUUCAAUGUAGAAAGAGUGCAAGACAAUGGUGUUGUUCAACAUUUCACCUUUGUACUCACAGACCUGGAGGGUAACCAGAGGUUUGGAUUUUGUCGUCUUACAAUGGGGUGUAAGUCAUGUAUCUGUAUCCUAAGCUACUUACCCUGGUUCGAGGUCUUCUACAAACUCCUCAACAAUCUUGCAGAUUUAUUAGCAGCAGCACAGAAAAAAGAAAUGGAAGAGUUACUGAUAUCUCUUUAUAACCACCCAGUACCAAAGGCAGAUUGUCCAAUAAGUCUGGAAUUUGGACAUCGAAUGAAAAUAACAACGAGGAAACUAUUGAAAGGGCAGCGCAGAGCGAUUGUUAAGGACCAUGGUAGUGGUAUGCAGUCGCUGUCGUAUUUCAUUGCCCCAGAUGUUGGCAGCUUGCCUACUAUACCAGAAAAUAGGAAUCUGACAGAAUAUGUUGUGGUCGUGGAUGUGAAUAAUAUGCUCAACCUGUACGCUAGCAUGUUGUAUGAGCGUCGUAUUCUGAUUACGUCCAGCAAACUGAGCACAUUAACAGCGUGUAUCCACGCAUCAUCAUCAAUGUUAUACCCCAUGUACUGGCAACACAUCUACAUCCCCGUAUUACCACCACAUCUGCUGGACUACUGCUGUGCACCCAUGCCUUACCUCAUAGGUGUCCAUUCCAGCCUCAUGGAGAAGGUAAAAAGCAAAGCACUGGAAGACAUUGUAAUGCUGAACAUUGAUAGCAACACUCUGGAAUCACCUUUUGAUGACCUAGAAAAGCUGCCCACUGAAGUGGUCUCCUUACUGAAGAUGAAGCUAAAGAAACAAUCUGCAGCAACAGGAGAUGGAGUGGCUCGAGCAUUCCUGAAAGCCCAAGCAACUCUCUUUGGUGGUUACAGAAAUGCCCUUGUCUGCAAUCCAGGAGAACCCAUCACCUUCUCUAAGGAACUGUUUCUGAAUCACAAAUCCAGCAGCAUGAAGCAAUUUCUGCAAAACGCCAUGCACCUGCAGCUCUUCAAACAGUUCAUUGACAAUCGUCUGGAGAAGCUGAAUGCAGGAGUGGGGUUGAUAGAUGUAUUCGAAGAAGAAAUUACACAAAGUGGAAUAGCCACCGGUAAUUUAAAGGCCUACAGUCUCUGGGUAGAAAACCUGAAGAAAGGAAGCGAUGCUCUGAUUCAUACAGUGAAAAGCAAAACAAACCCAGCGAUGAAGAAUAUAUACAAAUAUGCCAAGGGCCAUGCAAAGCUGGGCCUAAAGGAGAUGAAACUUCGCCUGAAGAACAAGAUUGUUUGUGCACAGGAGUCAAGUGAUCACAAACGAAUCCAGAGAGGAGGAUCCUUACGAUAUGAACAGUAUGCCAGUUCCAGUUUAGCACGGCGAAGUAAUUCAGACUGCUUACAGAGCCGUUUACCAAUCACACAACAUUUUGGACAGUCUCGUCCCAGAAGGCCAACAAAGCGAUACACCAAGGCUGAAGAUCUCUCCUCCACUGAGGCAGACAUGAGCUCUCAGGGCACAUUGGAAUGUGUGCAGGAAUGCAGCAACCCUGAUGGUGACUCAAGCACAGCAGUUGAAGAGCUAGAAGAGGACUUCCUAAAUACAGGAGAAAUUGACCUGCUGGGAGAGAUUUUUGACACUCUAAGUACAAACACAGUGCGUGAGAAAGGACUUCUGUAUGGAACCCGAAGCCUUGAUUUCUACAAAAUGGAAGACACUGAUUACAUUAGAAGUGUAAAAUCGAUUAACCCAAGUGAUGAAAACUUGAGCUGUCCAAGUAUGACAUCUUAUAGGACAGACCGAUGGUUUCUGGAAGAAGAGGAGGAGGAUGGAGACUCCUUAAGAUAUGAAAUAUCUUCUUCAGAAGAAAUAUCUUCCACAGGGAGGUCAGAAGUUUCCAUAGAUCAAGAUGAUUCUGAGAUAUGUAGGGAUACCAAAGCACUCAGCCAUGGGGCAUCAGAGCCCAUCUACAAACCUCCACGGGGGAGUGGGAUGUGGGACAGAGGUGUGGCAGAAUGUGCUGGAGACAGCUACUUAUCUUCUGAUGCUUUGUCAGCUAACCAGCUUGGUGAGAAACUCCAGCCGACAGGUGUCCCAUGGGAAGUGAGAAAAACUUUGCAGAAAGGGAGUCAUGAUGGUGAAAAUGGAAGCUCGGCAACUCUUUAUGAAAAGCAGGACCUGGAAAACAUUGUAAUUAGUGGAGCUGAAAUGGAUGGGCAGAAAUUACAUCAUGAAAGUCAAGUAACACAUGCAGAGUCAUUGCAGGGGAUCUCAGAAGACUGUCUAAGCAUGAAAACCUGCGAUGUGCACUUCUCUACAAACUCACAACCAGAUACAAAUGAAUUAAUUCAAGGUAGAAGCUCUGCAAGUGAUGAAAAUCCUCUGGGUUUGGAAGCGGAUUCCUAUUCCAUAGGUGAAAGGUUUUCAGAAGUGAGACCUCUGCAGCAAUUUACAGCUUCCACCAAAAUGGCGAGAGACAUUUCUGCUGAAAAAUCCCAUGUACCCAGUGUUCAGUCAGCUGUGGCACUUUUUCAAGCCAAGACAGAGAAAACUGGAGUUGUUUACAGGGGUAGAGACCAUCUUUCUCCCUUUUCACUAAGGCACUCGAGCCAACUGAACAGACCUGCUAGUAUUUACAAGGCACCAGAAGCCAAAGCAGAAAACAUUUUACAUCUGAGGACAUUAGAAGGCAGCUUGGACAGUGCUGUGAAUGGCAGCAUACCAGGACCUGAACACAUCUCACAAGAAACAUCACAGGGCUCCCGUCUACAGCCACAAUCUUCAGCUUCAGAGCUACAUACCAACCCACUAUUAGUCAAGAAGGUGUCAGAGCUGAAAAAGCGAUUUGAAGCUUGAAUUCUAUGGAUUAUUUUCUUUGAAGUGACUUAAGAAGGAGCCAUUUCUGGCAGCAUUCCAGUAUUGUAUCAUGUUCAUUGGUCACUUUUUGGUAUUAUUUCCUGUAAUACAGGAUGCUUUGAUUUAUGUUUCAGUGUAUUAUUGUCCACAUGUUCCAUGUAUUAGUUACAAAUAAACAGUUAAGUGGCCCUCUGUGGUCUGCAAGUUGA